GGGGGCCUUUAGCAUCUUCUGUGAAUUCAAAGUGGAGACCCCUUCCCCUCUCAUAAAGUACCCCCUCCCUGCCUGCCCCCCCACCAAGGCUGACGCAGUUAAAGGCUGCAGAGACCUCUCAGGGAAAAGACCCAGUUCUCUUCCCCGAUCCUCUGGUUUUCCAUAUCUUGAGCUUAGAUUCCUUCGAUGCUGGACCCCAUCUUCUCCAGCUACCCUCUUGGAGGGAGAUUCAGGAACAAACACAAAGAGAGAUGAUGGAUUCACACAAACAGGAACCUGUGCCCAGUCUAGAAGCCCCUAAACGCAGCAGGGUAUGAAGAGCACAGCUCACCCCCAGUAGAGGGGGCAGUGUGUGAUCGAGUUGCCCCAGAGCUGAUGGGUUUUCUUCUGGGAAAGUCGAGCCACUGAUGGAAGCGAGAAGCCACUGCUGGUUAUAGAGAGAAAGCACCGGUGGAGGCGCGGGCGCUGUCCAGCGUGCUGAAGCCGGAGCGAGCGAGCCGCCCGGAGCCGCGCCGACCCAGCUGAGCCCAGCCCAGGGGACGCCAGACCUCGACCGUCGCUCCUACCCCGGCCACCACUCGGAGCCGAGGCGGACGCGUCCCGAUCUUCCCCAGUCCCCAUCCCGCCCCGACCCUCCUCUCCACCUCCCGCUUCGUGACACCAGCUGUCUCUGGCAGCCUCUUGGUCAUGAAAGCCCUCAGAUUGCCGGUUUCCGCCCUCUUCUACCUUCUGCUAAUCAAGGGGUUAGGGGCAGCACCCUCUGGUCGCCCUGAGGCGCAGCCUCCUCCCCUCAGCUCUGAGCAUAAAGAGCCGGUGGCCGGGGACCCAGUGCCCGGGCCAAAGGAUGGCAGCGCCCCAGAGGUCCGAGCCGCUCGGAAUUCCGAGCUGCAGGACGAGGGAGAGCUUUUCCAGGGCGUGGAUCCCCGGGCGCUGGCCGCGGUGCUGCUGCAGGCACUCGACCGCCCCGCCUCGCCCCCAGCAUCGAGCGGCUCCCAGCAGGAGCCGGCGGAAGAAGCAGCUGAAGCUCUGCUGACCGAGACCGUGCGCAGCCAGACCCACAGCCUCCCGGCGCCAGAGAGUCCGGCGCCCGCGGCUCCGCCUCGCCCUCAGACUCCGGAGAAUGGGCCCGAAGCGAGCGAUCCCUCCGAGGAGCUCGAGGCGCUAGCGUCCCUGCUCCAGGAACUGCGAGAUUUUAGUCCAAGUAGCGCCAAGCGCCAGCAGGAGACGGCGGCAGCAGAGACGGAAACCCGCACGCACACGCUGACCCGAGUGAAUCUGGAGAGCCCGGGGCCAGAACGCGUGUGGCGCGCUUCCUGGGGAGAGUUCCAGGCGCGCGUCCCGGAGCGCGCACCCCUGCCACCCCCGGCCCCCUCGCAAUUCCAGGCGCCUGUGCCGAAGAGCGGGCCCCUUCCCGAAACCCACAAGUUCGGGGAAGGAGUGUCCUCCCCCAAAACACACCUAGACGAGGCAUUGGCACCCCUGUCCAAGGCGUACCAAGGCCUGGCCGCCCCGUUCCCCAAGGCGCGCCGGCCGGAGAGCGCACUCCUGGGUGGCUCCGAGGCGGGCGAGCGCCUUCUCCAGCAAGGGCUGGCGCAGGUGGAGGCCGGGCGGCGGCAGGCGGAGGCCACGCGGCAGGCCGCGGCGCAGGAAGAGCGGCUGGCCGACCUUGCCUCGGACCUGCUGCUCCAGUAUUUGCUGCAGGGCGGGGCCCGGCAGCGCGGCCUGGGGGGUCGGGGGCUGCAGGAGGCGGCGAAGGAGAGAGAGAGCGCAAGGGAGGAGGAGGAGGCGGAGCAGGAGAGACCCGACGAGGAGGAGAGGGUGGGGGAAGAGGAUGAGGAGGCGGCGGAGGCGGAGGCAGAGGCGGAGGAGGCGGAGAGGGCGCGGCAGAACGCGCUCCUGUUCGCGGAGGAGGAGGACGGGGAAGCCGGAGCCGAGGACAAGCGCUCCCAGGAAGAGACGCCGGGCCACCGGCAGAAGGAGGCCAAGGGGGCAGAGGAGGGCGGGGAGGAGGAGGAUGACGACGAGGAGAUGGACCCUCAGACGAUCGACAGCCUUAUUGAGCUGUCCACCAAACUCCACCUGCCAGCGGACGACGUGGUCAGCAUCAUCGAGGAGGUGGAGGAGAAACGGAAGCGGAAGAAGAACGCCCCUCCCGAGCCCGUGCCGCCGCCCCGGGUCGCCCCCGCUCCCACCCACGUCCGCUCCCCGCAGCCCCCGCCCCCCGCCCCCGCCCCGGCUCGGGAAGAACUGCCGGACUGGAACGAGGUGCUCCCGCCCUGGGAUCGGGAGGAGGACGAGGUGUACCCGCCAGGGCCGUACCACCCUUUCCCCAAUUACAUCCGGCCGCGGACACUGCAGCCGCCCUCGGCCUCGCGCCGCCGCCACUACCACCACGCCUUGCCGCCUUCGCGCCACUAUCCCGACCGGGAGGCCCAGGCUCGGCGCGCUCAGGAGGAGGCGGAGGCGGAGGAGCGCCGGCUGCAGGAGCAGGAGGAGCUGGAGAAUUACAUCGAGCACGUGCUGCUCCGGCGCCCGUGACCCGCCCCGGCCCCGCCCCCGCGCGCCCCCGCCGCGCGCGCCACCGCCCCCCUCCGUGUCGCCCGUUCCCCCUCGGUGUUUGCAUGCGCCCCGGCCCCGCCCCUCGGCCCCGCCCCGUUCCCAGGCUGCUCCGGGACCUGCCAGACCCCCUUCCCGGGUCCAGAGCCCGAACUCCCCGAGCUCACUCGCGGGUGACCCGGGACCAGCCCAGGAGGACCGCUGGUUUGUGCCAGUUCCCUCCCUGCGGGGGACUCCGACCCCACCAAGUCCCCCUGGGGACGUCCCCAUCCGAAACCGGAAAAAGCGGUUCCAAUUAAUUGUGUGAAGUGUGUCUGUCUCCAGCCCUUCGGGCCUCCCACGAACCCCUCCAACCUCUCCAAGUCGCUGUGAAUUGACCCCUUCUUUCCUUUCUCUGUUGUAAAUACCCCUCACGGAGGAAAUAGUUUUGCUAAGAAAUAAAAGUGACUAUUUUAUUAGGA